GUUAUUUAUUUAUUCAUUAUUCAACUGUAGUUAUUGGCAAACUCUAAACUGUCCAUUAAUUUGAGUGUGGUCUGAAGUUCUGUCUCUGGUUCUUUUGACACAAAAAUAUAUGGAAUGACUGAUAUAUAGACAAAUGUCAUGGAUGAAAAAGUAUUCCUGGAAUUAGGAAUGACAUCAGCUACUCUUCCCGGAAGCUGGAAUGCUUGAUAGAGGUGGAAAAAAAAAGAGAAACUUGGGUUUGGACUUUGGCAAUGUCUUUCCUCUAAUGUGGACCAUGCAGAACCAACCCAGCCCAUCUUGAAAUAAGUACUGACAGCAGAGCACGGAGCCUUGAGGCAGCAAAAGAAACACUGCGAAAUGAAGACUUGCUGGGUUUCCUUCCUAGUGUUGAUGUUUUUUCUCCUGGUUUUCCCAAUCAAGACUUCAUCAUCCAACCCGUUUUCAGGAUGCAGCCCAGAUGUUGUAGCUCUCAAGAGGAGCAUAAAGAGACUAGAAAACAAACUCCUUAUCCGAGCUUGGCAGGUGGACCACUUGCAGAAGCACAAAUUCUUCCGCCUGAUUUCACCUCCUCGGACUCCGUCAGGCUCCAACAACGACAAUGGGACGUUGGAAAACUCCAAUACGACCCUGAUGAAGCCUCUUCCACCAGCAGGAAACCUGAUUGUCCACGACCGAGACUGUUCUGAGCUGUUUGACAGGAAAAGACCGACCAGCGGGUUUUACCGCAUCAGACCCAAAAUCCACCUCGAGCCAAUUUUGGUCUACUGCGACAUGGACGACGGAGGAGGAUGGACGGUGUUCCAAAAAAGGCGGAAUGGAAAAGUUGACUUUGACAGAGACUGGGUGGAUUACAGAGAUGGCUUCGGUGACUUCAAGAAAUGGAAUGAUGAGUUCUGGUUAGGAAAUGAGCACAUCUACUCCCUGCUUUCGGACGGUAAGAAUCUGGUAAAGAUCGACCUAAUGGACUGGGCGGGGCAGAGAAGUCACGCGUACUACGAGAAUUUCCAGAUCUCUAAUGAAGCCGAUCACUACCGGCUACAGUACGGGCUGUACAGCGGGAAAGCUGGGGAUGCUCUGGCAGGUGGCAACGGCAUGGUGGAGCAGUGGUCCGCGGGCCUCAAUGGCAUGCAGUUUAGCACUAGGGAUCAGGACAAUGAUCGCUACAUUCAAGGCAGCUGUGCCCAGGAGAACAACGGAGGGUGGUGGUACAACAGGUGCCAUGUUGCCAACCUGAAUGGGAAGUUUUACCGCAAAGGGGAAUACAAGGGCCAGUUUGAUAAUGGGGUCGUGUGGGGCACAUGGCGGGGCCUUUGGUACUCCCUCAGACACACCACCAUGAAGGUGCGCCCUCUGCUUUUCUUGGACGCCAUGGGCAGCGGUGGCGGGGAAGGCUAAACACACCAGCCGUACGGCAUAAAAAUUAGAGACAGACUACAGUUUUAUUGGUCUUUGACAGUAAAAUAUCGGAGAACAAUAUCUUCUUUUAUCAUUACAAAUAAGCAAUCGAUACCAGCAAUGUAUGUGAUGCAACUCAUAAUAAAGUCAAAUUGCAUGUCAUCCAUUUUUAUCACGGGAUUUGUGUGUAAGAA